AUUAGCUCUGCUUUUUAUAAACUGUUGUGUAGUUUUAUUCAGGCAGGCUGGCUUUGAAACUUUCUUUCCUGGUCUUUCUUAUUUUGAGUUAGUUCACUUAGAUCUUCUUCAUUUUCUUCAACCUGCUGUUGCUGUCAGUGAGACCUCUGGAGAGUCCGAUGGAUCUAUCCGACUUUCCCUUCCCUCUCUCCUCAGCUGACGACCUCUAUGACCCCUGCUUCAACACCAGUGACCUGAACUUUUUUGAUGACUUGGACUCCCGGCUGACACAGACCAGCCUGCUGAAGACAGAGGAUCAUCUUCACCACCAUGUUCCAUCGACAGAGGAGGAAGACCAGCAUGUGAGGGCCCCUGGGGGCCUCCACCAGGCAGGCCACUGCCUACUUUGGGCCUGCAAGGCUUGCAAGAGAAAGACAACUCAUGCAGACAGGAGGAAAGCAGCAACGAUGCGAGAAAGGCGGCGACUCAGUAAAGUCAACGAUGCUUUUGAGACACUAAAACGCUGCACAGCCUCCAAUCCAAACCAGCGGCUGCCAAAAGUUGAAAUCCUGCGAAAUGCAAUCAGCUACAUUGAGUCCCUGCAGACGCUGCUGAGAGCCGGGCAGGACGACAGCUUUUAUCCACCAAUCGAACACUACAGCGGGGAGUCGGACGCCUCCAGCCCCCACUCCAACUGCUCCGAUGGCGUGGUGGAUUUCAUCUCUCCGUGUACAGGCAGAAGUGAAAACAGUGACACUUCUUACUGCAACCAGACAGCAGACGAUUGCAGCAGCAGUAAACUGUCGCUCAUUUCCAGCUUGGACUGUUUGUCCAGCAUCGUAGAGCGCAUCAGUACAGAUCCGGCUGUGGCCCCUGCUGGAGAUAGCGUGGUCCCCCGGGGCCCUGGAUCACCUCACAGCACUGCUGCCUCCAGUUCACCAGUUGAUCCCAGCAGCAUUUAUGAGCCAGUCUGAACCAGGAGGACCCAAGGACCCAUCUUCCAAAAAGACAGACUGAUUACCUCCGUUUUUUUAGGAGGAGAACACUAAAAUAUUCCUGAUUUGUGAAGGUCAUGGAAAUAGGGACUCUGAGAUCAAAUAGUUUGACAGCUGCAUUUCCUUUAUUGGGAUGAAAAUUUUUUUCCUGAAUUUUGUGUCAAGUUUCUUCAGUUUUUGCUGAUGAAGUGAACAUGGCUGCUGUCUGCUUCAACAUUACAGCAGAAUUAUGAAGGAGAGGACCUUUCCAAACUAAUUACUGAUGAUCAUAACUGAGGACCAGUUAUUGCAUAAAGCUGACUGCUUGAAUAAUGCCAUAACAUGCAUUCAGCGUUUUGUGAGUUUGUUCUGUAACACGUUUCUAUAAUAUUUAUGAGUUAAUUAAAUCUUAAU